AUGGCUGAUGAGAAAAAAGGACAGCAAGCAUCCAAGAAGGGCGCGAAGAAAAUCAUCAAGAAAGCGCCAGCGAAGGGCGGCAGAAAGAGGAAAAGGUCCAGGAAAGAAAGUUACUCCAUCUACAUCUACAAAGUGAUGAAGCAGGUUCACCCCGACACCGGCAUCUCCUCCAAGGCCAUGAGCAUCAUGAACUCGUUCGUUAACGAUAUUUUCGAGCGCAUCGCGGGGGAGGCUUCCCGCCUGGCCCAUUACAACAAGCGCAGCACCAUCAGCUCCCGGGAGAUCCAGACCGCCGUGCGGCUGCUGCUGCCCGGGGAGCUGGCCAAGCACGCCGUGUCGGAGGGCACAAAAGCGGUGACCAAGUACACCAGCUCCAAGUGAAGGACUGCACUGCACUGAAAUAACCACAUCCACAACCCAAAGGCUCUUAUAAGAGCCACCCACAACUUCCCAGAGCGAGCUGAAUCGUUUUUCUUAGUUUGUUUUGUUUUAGUUUACAUAUGAUUGUUCGCAUUAUAAUUUUAUUUUUAUAUAUUUGUUUAUAUAAGACAUUUGCAAAUUAAUGAGGUACGCUGCGUGGAAGAUUGCAUAAACAGCCUCUCCCCUGUCUGUUGGGAGUGGGCAGAUAAAACGUCAGUGAGUCAUCUUGUUUAUUUGACGUUGGUAAAAGCCCUGGUGGAAUGUUAAUACUUAUUUUCACACUUUGCAAACAACCACCUAAUGAAGGAGCAGCGCUUCGAAAGCUAGUGCUUCCAAAUCAGCUUCUUGGAUUAUAACCUGGUGACUGAUUGUGGAGUUUGCACAUUCUCCCCGUGGGUUUCGUCCGGGUUCUGUGGUUUCCUCCCACAGUCCAAAAAUGCGCAGGUUA